GCGAGCCGCCAACAUGGAGCCCGAGGACCUGCCGUGGCCGGGGGAGCUUGAGGAGGAGGAGGAGGCGGAGAACUUGGAUGAGGACGAGGUGGUGAUGGUGGAGGAGAUGGAGGAAGAGGAGGGGCGGGACCUGGACGCGGACUUGAACUACGACAGUCAGCGUCGGGAAAGUACGGACGACGAGGACGACGAGGAGGCCAAGGCCUGGCUGCAGGCGCAUCCCAGCGGGGCUUUGCCUCUGCCGCCACUGCCGAGGCACCGCUACUCGGAGGGCGAGCUGACCAGUCCGAAGGUUAUUCCAUUGACCUGUCAUGUAUGGCAACAGCCAUCAUAUCAAGACAAUAAUGAAACACAGGUUUCUGAUAUGAUUGUGGUCUCUUUGGAAGAAAAAGCUCAGUGGGCUUCCGGGGAUGAUCAGAGAACAGAAUCUUGGCAUUGUCUUCCUCAAGAAAUGGACUCUUCCCACACCUUGGAUACUACCCAGACCAGGUUUAAUGUGAGAGAGAAAGGGACUGAAGUGACAAACUUCCCUUCUCUGGAGGAGGGUAUAUUGACCAAAUCAGAAAAUCAAGUGAAGGAGCCCAGCAGAGAUCUCUUAUGUUCUCCAUUGCUAGUCAUACAAGACAAUUUUGCUUCUCCUGAUUUGCCUUUGCUGACAUGUUUGACAAAAGAUCAAGAGUUUGGGCCUGAUUCUUUAUUUCACCAAAGUGAACUAGAUUUUGCACGUCUGAGGGGAAUUCCUGGUAAGUCUGAAGACACUGAAUGGUUUUCUCGACCGUCGGAAGUUAGUGAAGCUUUAUUCCAGGCAGCCUCAGAAGUAGCUUCAGACUUAGUUAGCUUUAGUGUAUCCCAGCACCCACUUAUAGGUAGUGAAGCUGUCGAGUCUCAGCGAUCUUUAUUAACUCCAGAACAAAGAACUAAAGAAGAGACUGUUGCAUCUGAUACACUCGAUGAACUGAAAACCCAUAAAGACUCUGAUAGUUAUGAUGCUCUUUGUUCAUAUAUGUUAUGGAAGACACAAGAAGUUAUACAGGAGCCAAGAACAAAUUUAGCUGAUGUUUCAACUGCAUCUGAUACAAGUGAUGAAUACAUAACUCCUAAAGGAAGUGACAGUUUUGAUGCUUCUUGUUCAUAUGCGCAGUUUUGGCAACAGGAAGCUUUACAACAGUCAGAAAAAUAUUUAACCAGGAAGGACCAUGAUUCUUACUCAGAUUCAUCUGACCUAAUUGAUAAAAGUAAAAUUCCCAAGGCAAGUGACAGUUUUAGUGCCCCUUUUUCAUAUAUGCAAUGGAGCAAGCAGGGAGCUUCACACCACCCAGAAAUAGGUCUAAUCAGUAAGGACCAUGUUUCUUUUUUACAUGAAGUUACUCCGCCUUUUAACAAUAAAAUGUCACAUUCUUUCUUGCAUUGCUUUUUGGAAAGAGGAGGAAGAGGGGUUCCCUUAACACCUGAUAGUCAUUCUAAGAGUGUUUAUUUAAGAGCUCCCACUGAGAGUGAGGUGAAACAGCAGAUGGAUUCUUUGGAGGGUUAUGAAAGAGAUGAAGACAAUCUGGGGAAAGGAGUAUCUCAAUGUUUUGAACUAAAGGAGAACAGAAAUACUUUAAUGUUUUCAGGCAUGCAUCCCAGCUCUUCAGAAAUACAAUAUAUUGAAAAUGUUUUUCCUGAUAAUUCUGUAAAAGUGUCAGAAGGACAUACACUCUGCAGGGGGCAUGACAGCUCUAUGAUUGAGGCUUCUGUUGGUCCUCUUCAGACUAGUAAAUCCAACUCAGAUGAGACAGCAGAACAACUGUAUUUUCAAGAAGAAAAAGACCAGAAGGCAACUUCAGCUUUUGGUGGGAAAAAUGUUGAUGUUACUGAAAAUAUAGCUUUUCAGGCAGUUAUUGCCUCUAUUGAGCCUUCCAAGAAAGAGAGUACAGUAAAUGAAAUCCAAACUGACAUCAGUAAAUCUUCAACAAAUGACAGCCAAGAAAGUGAACAAAAAAAUCCAGAUCUUUUCCUAUUAAAUUAUGAUGAAAAUUCUUUCUUUGAUAAACUUAAUCAUUCAUGCUAUCAGUCUACUCCUGGGGUGUUUGAAUCAGUAGCUUCAAAACCAUCGUUGUAUAAAAAAGAUGAUGGUGAUAGCUCCUUGUACUGGCAUCCUGAUUUAAAAUCACUCCCCUCUGCUCCUCAGGAAAUAUUCAUUAAGCCAGUUUCUCUUAUUCCAGAGCUUAAGUCUUCUUCUUUAAGUGAAAAAUCUGUCAGACAGGCUGUUGAUCUUGGCAAAACACAGCCAGCUUUAUUUCAGGAUGAUAUAGACAGUGAACUAUUUCUUCCCAUUGGGAAGAUAAAGUCUGUUUCUGCUCUUGACCUUGCAGAGAAGUUAGGAUCUUCAAACAUUAUUUAUCCAAUGAAAGUAUGGACUUCAGAUUCUUUGGUUUUACAAGAAUUAAAGCCGCAAACAUUUGAAGAAGUUGCAGAUUCCUCAAACUAUACUUUGGGUAAGAAUGUAAACUCUAGUAACAUCAUUGAAGGUCCAUCUGCAGCUGUAGGAGGCAGCUUUUCAGCAAACUUGGUGGCAUGUGAUGCAAAGUCACAAGAUAGUUUACCAAUAAUCAGUGAUGCAUCAGCUGCAGUCGGCCAAGAGACCUUGCUGAAAGCUAAUAUAGGCCCAGGUGAAAUUCCUUGGCCUAUGGGAGCCAAAUCCAGUUUUACUAUACAUACAGUUAUGCAAAAUGACUCCUAUUUUGUAGAGGGCCUGCAGGGGAAGGCUGAAUCUGACAUCUGUACUUUGGAUGCUGCUGCUGAAUGCUGUAGCCUAGAUGAAAAUGCUGUUGUAUGCAGUAAAAGAGUUGCUGAACUACAAAGAGAGAUAUGUGGCCAAGGUGACUUGACCAGUGAGUGCACUGAGCUAGCAGGUUUAAAAAAUUUACUUGAUGAUCUAGAGAUCUGUGACAGCUCCCCGCACUGGCAGUCUUCUGUACAGCUACCAUCUAAGGAAGAGAGCAGUUGUGAAGUUCCUGUAGGUCCUUCUGAUACAGACAUCAAUCAAUCAUUUUCAUCUGCAUUGCCUCCAUUUGUUCCUCAUGAGUCAACUAGAGAGUUGGAGUAUCAUUCUGCAGAUCUCAGAAUGUUGAGAGUAUCUCCUGACACUGUGCCAGGGACUCUCAAGCACUUAACAGGAGAUACUUCCAAAGGAGGUGUACUUGAAAUUCCUCAAUCCACCUUUAAAUCAGGCAUCACUACCACUCCUGAAGAUUCAGAUACUGGAUCUCAUUUAUCCUUGUCCUCUGAGGACUUUCCUGAGUUGGCUCUAAGGUCUCCUCAAGUGAAGAAUAUUGGUCAAUAUACUGAUACUCUCAACCAACAGACAUUGACAGACAAGCAUCUAACUGAAGAAACUCUAAAAAUUUCAACCAUUCCUGGACUUGUUGACCAGAAGACUGGAAUACCUCCAAGUUCCUACUUACUUGGAGAAAAGCACAGUAUUUUCUAUCCACAGGCCUUGCCAGAUGGUCAUCUACCUGAAGAGGCUCUGAAAGCUUCAAUUCUUCCUGUACCAACUGAUCAGAAGACUGGAAUACCUACAGUUCCUGCUGGUUCCUACUCACCUGAGGAAAAGACUGGAAUUUUCUACCAACAAGGCUUGCCAAGCAGUCAUCUUCCUGAAGAGGCUCUGAAAGUUUCAGUUCUUCCUGGACCAGCUGAUCAAAAGACUGGGUUACCUACUGUGUCCUCUACUUCUUACUUACAUGGAGAGAAACCCCAUAUUUUCUAUCAGCAGACACUGCCAGAAAGUCAUUUAACUGAACAGGCUCUGAAAGUUUCAGCUGCUUCUGGACCCCCUGAGCAGAAGACUGGGAUUCCUACCAUACCCUCUACUUCUUAUGCACAUCGACAGAAGCCCAGUGUUUUGUAUCAGCAAGAGUUGCCAGACAGUCAUCUAACAGAACAGGCUCAGAAAAUUUCGGCUCUUCCUGGAUUGGCUGAGCAGAAGUCUGGGAUAUCAGCAGUAGCUUCUGCUUCCUAUCCUCAUAGAGAGAAGCCCAGUGUUUUGUACCAACAGGAGUUGCUAAACAGUCAUCUAAUUCAACAGGUUCAGCAGGUUUCAGCUGUUCCUCUACCUCCUGAGCAGAAGACUGGGUUUCCUGCCAUACCCUCUACUUCUUACUCACAUGGAGAGGAGCCUAGUGUUUUAUACCAACAAGAGUUGCCAGAUAGUCAUCUAAUUCAGCAGAUUCAGCAAGUUUCAGCUGCUCCUGGAUUGGCUGAGCAGAAGACUGGGAUUCCUAGAGUACAAUCUAGUUCCUAUUCUCCUAGAGAGAAGCCCAGUAUUUUGUACCAACAAGAGUUGCCAGAUAGUCAUUUAAUUCAACAGGUUCAUCAAGUUUCAGCUGCUCCUGGAUCCCCUGAGCAGAAGACUGGGAUUCCUACCAUACCCUCUACUUCUUAUUCACAUCGAGAGAAGUCUCAUAAUUUCUACCAGCAAGAGUUGCCAGACAGUCAUCCCACAGAACAGGCUCAGAAAGUUUCAGCUGCUCCUGGAUUGGCUGAGCAGAAGACUGAGAUAUUGACAGUACCAUCUAGUUCCUACUCAUACAGAGAGAAGCCCAGUAUUUUGUACCAACAAGAGUUGCCAGAUAGUCAUCUAACAGAACAGGCUCAGAAAGUUUCAGCUCUUCCUGGAUUGGCGGAGCAGAAGACUGGGAUAUCAACAACACCUUCUGCUUCUUAUCCUCAUAGAGAGAAGCCCAGUAUUUUGUACCAACAAGAGUUACCAGACAGUCAUCUAAUUCAGCAGGUUCAGCAAGGUUCAGCUGCUUCUGGACCCUCUCAGCAGAAGACUGGGAUUCCUACUCUAUCCUCCACUUACUCACAUCAAGAGAAGCUUCAUAUUUUGUACCAACAAGAGUUGCCAGACAGUCAUCUAACAGAACAGGCUCACAAAGUUUCAGCUGCUCCUGGAUUGGCCAAGCAGAAAACUGGGAUAUCGAUAGUACCUUCUGCUUCCUUUCCCCAUAGAGAGAAGCCCAGUAUUUUGUACCAACAAGAGUUUCCAGACAGUCGUCUAAUUGAACAGACUCAGCAAGUUUCAGCUGCUCCUGGGUUGGCUGAGCAGAAGACUGGGUUUCCUACCAUACCCUCUACUUCUUACUCACAUCAGAAGACGGCUCGUACUUUCUACCAGCAAGAGUUGCCAGACAGUCAUCUAACUGAACAGACUCAGCAAGUUUCAGCUGCUCCUGGAUUGACCGAGCAGAAGACUGAGAUUCUUACCAUACCCUAUACUUCUUACUCACAUAUAGAGAAGCCCAGUAUUUUCUACCAACAGGAUUUGCCAAAUAGUCAUCUAACUAAAGCUCACAAGGUUCCAGCUGAUCCUGAACUAGCUCACCAAAAGAGUGGGAUACCAAUAGCACCCCCUGCUUUCUACUCACAGAGGGGAAAGACCAGUCUCUUUCAUCAGCAGGAGUUGCCAGAUAGUCAUCUAAGUGAUCAGACUCAGAAAAUUUCAGCUAUUUCUGGACCAGUUGACCAGAACACUGUAAUACAGACAGUACCUUCUAGUUCCUACUCACAUAGGGAGAAACCCAUUAUUUUUUACCAGCAGGAGUUACCGGAUAGACAUCUAACUGAAGAGGCUCUAAAAGUUUCAGCUGUUCCUAGAACAGUUGACCUGAACACUGGGAUACCAACAAGGUCUUCCAGGUCCUACUCAUUUGGAGAGAAGCCAGGUAGUAUUUUCUACCAACAGGUAUUACCAGAUUGUCAUCUAACUGAAGAGGCUCUGAAAGUUUCAUCUGCGUCUAGACCAAGUGACCAGAAGACUGGUAUACUCUCAGUACCUGCUAGUUUCUACUCUUAUAGAGAGAGGCCCAGUAUAUUCUCCCCACAAGCCUUGCCGGGCAGUCAUCCAUCUGAAGAGGCUCUGAAAGAUUCAGCUUCUCCUGGACUAGCUGACCAGAAGACUAGGACGUUAGAAUCUUCUAGUUCCGACUUACAUAGAGAGAAAUCCAGUAUUUUCUACCAACAGGAGCUGCCAGACAGUCAUCUAGCUGGAGAGACUCGGAAAGUUUCAGGUGUUUCUGGACCAGGUGACCAAAAGACUGGGAUACCUAUAGUAUCCUCUGCUUCUUACUCGCAUAAAGAAAAGCCCAUUAUUUUAUACCCGCAAGCCUUGCCAGAUAGGCAUCUUAUUGAAGAGGCUCUGAAUGUUUCAACAGAUCCUGGCCCAGCUGACCAGAAGACUGGGAUACCUGUAGUAACCUCUCCUUCCUACUCACAUAAAGAGAAGCCCAUUAUUUCCUACCAGCAGGCCUUGUCGGACAGUCAGCUCACUGUAGAGGCCCUAAAAGUUUCAGGUGCUCCUAGAUCAGCUGCCCAGAAGACUGGGAUACCUAUAGUUCCAUCUAGUUCCUAUUCAUAUAGAGAGAGGCCCAUCAUUUCUUACCAGCAGGAGUUGCCAGAUCUUACUCAAGUGGCUUUAAAAAUUUUAGAGGUUCCUGGACCAGCUGACCAGAAUAUUGGGAUAACAGCAGUACCUUCUCCUCCUUAUUCACACGGAGAAAAGCCCAUCAUUUCCUACCAGAAAGAGUUGCCAGAGCCUAAUGAAGAUUCUUUAACACAUAUGGGGGUUCCUGGGCAAGCAGACCAGACCACUGGUAUACAAACUGUGCCCCCUGCUUCCUAUUCACGUAGAGAGAGCCCCUUAUUUUCUUACCAGAAGGAGUUGCCAGAUGUUACUGAAGAAACUUUGAAAGUUUCAGCUGUUCCUGGACUAGUUGACCAGAAGAUUGGGUUACAAACAAUCCCCCCAGGUCCCCACUCAUAUGGAGAGAAGGCGAAUGUUUUUUACCAGCAGGAGUUGCCAGAUCUUACUGAAGAAGCUUUGAAAAUUUUUGCUCUUCCUGGGCCAGCUGACCAGAGUAAUGAGAUACCAACAGGACCUUCUGGUUCUUACUCACAUAAAGAAAAACUCAAGAUUUUACCAGAUGACCAAAAGACUGAAUUACCAUUAGCUCCCCCUAGUUCCUACUCACAUAGAGAGAAGCCCAGGACUUCUACUGUGAUCGGACCAGACGACCAGAAGACUCCAUUACUGACAGGAGUUCCUAAUUCUUAUUCUCAGAGAGUAAAAUCCAGUAUUUUCUAUGAACAGCAGUUACCAGAUAGACAUCAAAGUGGAGAUAUACUGAAGAUUUCACCUAUUGCUGAACCAACUGAUGUGAAUUCUCAGCUACCAAUACCUCUUUCUAGCUCGUAUUCACACAGAGAGAAAUCUAAUAUUUUCUAUCCAGAGGAAUUGCCAGACAAACAUCUAACUGGAGAUGCACUGAAGGUUUCAACAAUUCCUGGACCAGCUGACCAAAAAACUGUGUUACCAGCCAUUCCUUCUAGUUCCUUUUCAUACAGAGAGAAACCAGUUGUAUUCUACCAACAGGAUUUGCCAGAAAGACGUCUAACCGAAGAGAACCUGAAGUUCUCAAGUAGUCUUGGGCAAGCUGAUCAGAUUACUGGGUUAUCAACAGUUCCCUCUGGUACUUAUUUACAUAGUGAGAAGCACAAACUUGUUUCAGACCAUGUCCAAAGGCUAAUAGAUAAGUUGGAGUCUCCGAACUCCAGUGUUAUCUCAAACAAUAUGCCUUUAAGUUCUCGGGCUGAUGGUGGAGUUGUAAUAAGUCAGACAGAAUCUUUAGGUUUUGAAGAUGUUGGCUCUGAGGAAGUCCGGGGUACAGAAAACAGUUCCAGAACUCUUAAAGAGAUUCAGACACUUCUAAUGGAAGCAGAAAAUAUAGCACUGAGACGAUGCAAUUUUCCUGUCCCUGUUCCCCUUGUCCCUUUCAGAGAUGUUAGUGAUAUUUCAUUUAUAAAAUCUAAGAAGAUGGUUUGCUUCAAGGAACCCCCUACGACUGAUGAAUCUAAUGGUGAUUUGUCUCAGAGACAGCCAUUCGCAGAAGAAAGCCCAAGCAACAAGUGCAUACAGAAGGAUAUUAGCACACAGACGAAUCUGCAGUGCCAGAGGGGCACUGAAAAUUGGGAGUUUAUUACUUCAACUACAGUUAGAAAUCCUUUACAGGAAGCAGAAAGCAAAGCCAGAGUGGCAUUAGAUGAAACCCUUAGGCAAUGUAAAGCAGCCAACUCUGUCAUGAGAUCUGAACCCGAAAUGUAUAGUGGAAGCUUUGGGAAUAAGAUUGUUAUCCCGAUGAUGACUAUCAUUAAAAGUGACUCAAGUAGUGAUGCAAGUUCCUGCUCGUGGGACAGUAAUUCCUUGGAGUCAGUUUCUGAUGUUCUUCUAAAUUUCUUUCCAUGUUCCACACCCAAGACCAGCAUGACAGAUAGCAGAGACGAAGAGGGUCUGUUGGAGAGUGAUGAUGGUGGUGGCAGCAGUGUAGAUUCACUGGCUGCGCACGUGAAAAAUCUUCUGCAGUGUGAAUCCUCUUUGAACCAUGCUAAACAAAUACUCAGAAAUGCAGAGGAAGAGGAAUCACGGGUACGAGCACGAGCCUGGAAUCUGAAGUUUAAUAUGGCUCAUGAGUGUGGCUACUCCAUUUCAGAAUUAAAUGAAGAUGACAGGAGAAAAGUAGAAGAGAUCAAAGCAAAGUUGUUUGGUCAUGGGAGAACAACCGACUUGUCCAAGGGCUUACAGAGUCCACGGGGAAUAGGAUGCCAUCCGGAAGCUGUAUGUAGUCACAUUAUUAUUGAGAGCCAUGAGAAAGGAUGUUUCAGGACUCUAACUGCUGAACGACCACAGCUGGACAGCCGCCCUUAUGUUUUCAGAUCUGCUGACUCCUCAGAAAUGAUCAGAGGACAACGGAGUCCAUCAUCAUGGAGGAACAGGCACAUCAACCUUUCCAAGUCUUUAGACCAGAGCGCCUCCCAUUUCAGAGUUUGGAAUUCCUUGCAGUUACAAAGUCCUUCCCCAUUUCAGAACUUUAUAGCUGAUGACUUGAAAAUUAGCAAGGGUCUUCGAAUGCCAUUCCGUGAAAAGUUGGACCCUUGGCUGUCAGAAUUAGAACCUGCUUGUGUGCCACCUGAAGAAAUGGAUUGUCAUUCUUCAUCACAAAUGCUGCCCCCAGAACCCAUGAAAAAGUUUACUACCUCCAUCACUUUCUCAUCUCACCGACAUUCUAAAUGCUUUUCAGAUUCCUCUUUUCUUAAGGUUGGUGUUACUGAAGGUAGCCAGUGUACUGGAGCAUCUUUGGGGGUAUUUAAUUCUCAUUUCACUGAAGAGCACAAUCUUCCUAGAGAUCUAAAACAGGAAAACUCUUUCCCUUCGUCAUUUAAAACCAUUAGUCAGUCACCAGAUAAAGCUAUGACUCUUUUAGCAGAGAAUAGUAGGCAAGGUCAAAAAUUAUCUGUUGAACAUUCUCACCAAGAAGAAAAGCUCUUAGAAAGAUCCGAUUUUAAAGGCAGUCAUUCUAAGCCCGGUACCAGUGCAAAUGAUAGCAAUUUCAAGGAAGUUCAUUUUGCUGAUAACCAUACCCUCAUUAGCAUGGGUAGACCAAGUUCUACACUAGGAGUAAAAGAGAAGAAUGUAAUUAUAACUCCAGACCUUCCUUCGCACAUUUUUCUUGAACAAGAGCUCUCUGAACAAAGCAAAGCCCCACAUGCAGAUCACCAUGUGAGAAAACACCAUUCUCCCCCUCCUCAGCACCAGGAUUAUGUAGCUCCAAAUCUUCCUUGUCGUAUUUUUCUCGAAGAACGAGAACUCUUUAAACAAAGCAAAGCCCCACAUGUAGAUCAUCAGAUGAGAGAAAACCAUUCUCCCCUUCCUCCGAGUCAGGAUUUUAUAGCUCCAGACCUUCCUUCUUCCAUUUUUCUUGAGCAACGUCAGCUCCUUGAACAAAGCAAAACCCCAGACGUAGAUCACCACAUGAGAAAACACCAUUCUCCUCUUCCUCAAUGUCAGGAUUAUGUAGUAGAAAGGAAUAAUCAGCAUAAGCCUAAAUUACACAUUUCUGAUAUGAUAAAUGUUGAAGCCAAAUUCAGUGAUGUGGUCUCCCCAUCAGCCCCAGUAGUAACAUCUGCAUCUACUCCACCUUCAAAUAGAAAAGCACUUUCUUGUAUUCGAAUAACUCUUUGUCCCAAGACUCCUUCCAAAGUGGAUAGUGGAACCUUAGAUAAAAGAAUUCACUCUUUGGAUCCUGCCUCUAAAACAAGGAUGAAUAGUGAGUUUAACUCUGACCUACAAACUGUAUCUCCAAGAUCAUUGGAACCAACCUCCAAAUUACUGACCAGUAAACCUAUAGCACAGGAUCAAGCAUCUUUAGGUUUCCUAGGACCUAAGUCUUCACCGGACCUCCAAGUUGUACAGUCUCCUCUUCCAGAUAGUAAUAUUACUCAGGACUUGAAAAUCAUACCUUUUCAGAAUAGCCAGAUAGUAACCUCAAGGCAAACCCAAGUGAACAUUUCAGAUUUGGAAGAAUAUUCCAAUCCAGAAGGGACUCCGAUAUCUGCAGAUCGAUCACCAGAGGAGAUUAAGACCUUGUUCUCUCCCUUCUCCGGAAAAUUGUCAUCUGAUGCAGUCACUCAGAUAACAACAGAAAGUCCAGGAAAGGCCGUGUUUUCAUCUGAGAUUUUUGUUAAUGCUAAAGAUCGUGAACAUGAAAUUCCAGAACUCACUACCCAGAAGGUGGGCAAAGGUCUUGUCAAGUUUGCUUCAUCAUCUUCAGUCCAACAGAUUACUGUUCCUCAUAGCACAGAUGUCCAGCCUUUACUGUUGCCAUAUAAACCUUCUGGUAGUACGAAGAUGUACUAUGUUCCACAAUUAAGUCAAAUUCCUUCAUCUCUGGAUUCCAAAUCAGACACCACCAUUGAGAGCUCACACUCAGGAUCCAAUGAUGCCAUUGCUCCCGACUUCCCAGCUCAGGUGCUAGGCACAAGGGAUGAUGACCUGACAGACGCUGUGAACAUUAAACAUAAAGAGGGGAUCUACAGCAAGAGGGCAGUAACUAAGGCAUCCUUGUUUGUUGGGAAGAAACCCUUUCAGAAAGAUAAUGCAGAUGCUCAAGUUCAAGUUUUCAUCACUGGGAAUGAGGACCCCUCAGGAGAAAACCAGAAAAAGGAGAGCUCCAGUAAAAGGGCAGUGCCCGAGGCUGCCCAGUCUGAAGAAAAGGAACCCUUGCUGAAAGAUACUACAGAGUCCAGUACUGCUGCUGCUUCAGGGUACUCAACUCAACCGCAAGACUCAAAGAUUGAUAACAUACCAGCUACUAAAGCCAUUAAACAGAAAGAGGAGAUGCACAGUAAGAAGACAGUUCCUAAGGAAGCCUGGCCAGAAGAGAAGAAAUCCUUGCAAAUAGAUAUUGCAGAGUCCAGAUGUCAUUCAGAAUUUGAAAAUACUACCCAUUCUGUCUUCAGGUCAGCAAAGUUUUACUUUCAUCAUCCAGUGCACCUACCAAAUGAUCAAGAUUUUUGCCAUGAAUCCUUAGGAAGGAGCGUUUUCAUGAGGCAUUCUUGGAAAGAUUUCUUUCAGCACCAUCCAGACAAAGAAAGAGAACAGACUUUUCUUCCUCCCCCUUAUCAAAAUAUGGAAAAGACAAAGACAGAUUAUACCAGAAUAGAGAGCCUCAGUAUCAAUGUCAAUCUGGAAAACAAAGAAGUGAAGCAGACUCCUAAAAGUCAGGCUAGAGAUUAUCCAAAAUGUGACAAACAAGUUAAUGAUCCUAAAAGCGAUCAUAAGCCCACCCCAGAGCUAACAACUCAGCCCACCGUGAGUCUGAAUGAACUCUGGAACAAGUAUCAAGAGCGACAGAAGCAGCAGAAACCUCCUGAGUUCAGUGCCAAGGAAGAACUUUCCUUGGUGGAACGACUUGAUCGUUUGGCUAAACUUCUUCAGCAUCCCAUCACACAUUCCCUCCAGCCCUCAGAAAGUACACAGGAUGAUAGCAGGGGGGAGCAAGAGGUUCAGGAGUGGAGUCGUAGACAACAGCAGCAGAAGAACAAGCUUCAGAAAAAGAAACGAUAUAAAAGCCUGGAAAAAUGCCAUAAAAACACAAGCGAUCUUAAAAAAAAUAAGAUUCUUUCUACUCAUCAGCCUGGGAGGUCCAAUCAGAUUAAAAUUGAACAGAUUAAAUUUGAUAAAUAUAUUCUGAGAAAACAGCCAGGUGUUCAUUAUAUAAAUAACACUUCUUCAGAUUCUAGACACUCAGAGGAAAGUGAGCUGCUCACAGAUACUCCCAUUCUUUCCACCACCACUUCUCCUGUGGAAUCUGAUAUAUUGGCCCAAACAGAUAAGGAAGUGACUUUGCAUGAGGGAAGUAGCUCUAUUUCCACCAUUGACACUGCUCGAUUGAUCCAUGCUUUUGGCCAUGAAAGAGUUUGUCUGUCACCCAGACGAAUUAAAUUAUACAGCAGUAUCACUGACCAUCAAAGGCGGUACCUUGAGAAGCGGAGCAAGAAAAACAAGAAAGCAUUGAAUACAGGUUAUCCCCAAAUUACUUCAGAACACACCAGAAGGAAACACAUCCAGGUGACAGACUGUAUUUCUUCUGACUCUGUUUCAUCCUCUACCAGUAGUUUCUGGAGCUCGAGCUCUACCCUUUGCAGCAUGCAAAAUGUGCAUAUGUUGAACAAGGGCAUACAAGCAGGUACCUUGGAAAUUGUGAAUGGUGUCAGAAAACAUACUCGAGAUGUUGGGAUGACGUUCCCAACUCCAAGUUCCAGCGAGGCCAGAGUAGAAGAGGACAGUGAUGUGACUUCUUUGUCAGAAGAAAAAACAGAAGAGAAAAGAAUCCUUACCAGUUAUUUUGGGGACACAAAGUUAAGGAAGAACAAGCAGAGCUGCUGUGAAGGAGUUUCAUGGUUUGUUCCUGUGGAAAAUGUGAAAUCUGGUCCUAAGAAGGAAAACCUGCCCAAGUUUCAUGGCCCUGGUAUCUCCUGGUUUGCACCAAUAACCAACACCAAACCCUGGAGAGAGCCUCUUCGGGAACAGAACUGGCAGGAACAACACAUAUUCAGCCACUGCUCACUGGCAGGCCCCGGCAGACAUCCACUGAAGCCUUUUGUGAGAGCAACCCUGCAGGAGUCACUUCAGCUUCACAGACCUGACUUCAUCUCCCGCUCUGGGGAACGGAUAAAGCGCCUGAAGUUAAUAGUCCAGGAGAGGAAGCUGCAGAACGUGUUACAGAGUGAGCGGGAGGCACUGUUCAACACUGUGCAAGAAUGGCAAGGCUGCCGGAACCCCAUGCACCAGCUCCCCAAGAGAGGUUUCCUGGCUACUCAAAAGAAAAGGCCUGUUGGAAAGAAGGAAAUGAUCCAGAGGUCUAAACGGAUUUAUGAGCAACUUCCAGAAGUACAGAAAAAGAGAGAAGAGGAAAAGAGGAGAUCGGAAUACAAGUCAUACCGGCUGCGAGCCCAGCUAUAUAAAAAGAAAGUGACCAAUCAACUCUUGGGGAGGAAAGUCCCUUGGGACUGACAUGAGAAUAUUUUCCUCAGAGCCUUGGAAUUAUAUUUUAUCAUCCUGGAGGAGCACAAUCCUUACUUUAUGAGUCUGGUUUAAUAAAACUUGUCCAUGUGUAAUUGAAAA